AUGGUUGAAAAUGGCAAGGGCAAUGUGAUUGAUCGUCAAAGGCUAUUUCCUAAGUCUUUUAAGAUGUUGAAAUUAAGCGGUCUAGUUAUUUGGAGGUUAGGUUCAAGGACUGCCGUAAGAAAAUAUUCAAGCCCUAGUGCUACAGUAUUUAAAACUGAUAAACUGGAAGUAUCUACAAAUCUGUCUGACAAACCCUCUGAAGCUCGAACACCAGGCAACGAUAACGCAGGUCUAGUGGCUGCAGCAUUUGCCUCUCUGAACACCAUAGAUGCAGAUGAAGUCAAACAAAAACCAAGUCCAAAAUCAGUAAAGUACACACGAGCACAACAAUUAGACAGUCAAAUAAUGAAGGCAACUGACUUAAAUAAUUUAUUAGUUGUUGCGGAAAACCCUGUAGUGUCUAGAAGACAUGCUCUCAAGAUGGUGUCCAUACUCUCAGAAUGGUCAAGCACCAACAAAGUUAAACUUGGUGACUUUGAGAAAGACCCUCGGUUUCUCAAACUCUGCCGUAUACUAGCACGUUCUACAACUGCACAGGCCAUGACUUCACUAACUAUGGCUGAAGAUCUGAGCACUGUGUUGGGUAUCACUGGAGAUGAUGAAGCAGCGAGAUUAAUAGCGAAUUUGACAUUACCACAGAUGGUGAAGGUGAUGAAAGCUCUUCAGCAGAAGGGUCGGCGGAGCACGCCACUACUGCGAGCUCUCUCGCACAGUAUCACCAGCCAGGCGGAGGUCAUCGACCUCAAGAAAUCAGCUGAUUUAUUGUUUGCAAUGGCAUCACUUAAUUUUCCUGAUUCAAUUUUACUUGAUCGUAUUUGCAACGACGUAAUGGAAUGCUUACCAGCCAACAAAGACAAGCCCGCAGUAGUGACCUCCAUAGCCAUUUCCAUCGGUCUCAUGAAGUAUCGCCACGAGCCUCUCCUUGGGUCCAUAGCAGAUUGGCUUAACAGCAACAAGGAUAUCGUGAGAGCGAGUGACGUAGCUUCGGUGAUCGUGACGUUGGCCACUGUCGACUAUCUACCACCGGCUGCUGAAGGACUUGUACAAACAGCGCUAACUUUCAAAGAAGAAGAGAUGACGAAAUCCUCAUCGUUUUUAGACCUUGUGUUCUCGCUGCUUACACUUAAUAAAGCGACGACAGAACAGCUGGCCUCUACGCUACAACCAGAGUUCAUAGACAAACUACUUUCGGCUGGCGAAAUCGCUAUCCCCUCUCGUCGUAAGCUAAUGAUGAUAGAUGCAUACCUUCAGCUCACCUGCCCUGGCUCACCUCGGUUACCUGAAGACAUAUCUGUUGGAGUUCCUGUUAUGUACACUAAGGAGAAGGCCUUCUACGUGAUGAGUAUCAUGGACACAUUCAAGAGUUUAGUUUCGGCUGAUACUUUUGUUAAAAAGGAGUGCAAUUCCGGCAUGGGCUUUUUGUAUGAUGCCGAAUUUGCAUUAGAUGCAAAAUGUCAUCCUGUACCGUUAGAAAAGGCUGUGAAUAACCAGAACGUGUACCGGAUAGCAGUUCUAGGGCUGGAGUACCACGACAUGACGAGGAAGACUGCCGUGCCUCUCGGUAUCAACCAACUUUACACUAGGUUACUUCAACUUAAGGGUUACAAAGUAUUGCAGAUCCCAUACACAGAGUACAAUUCCAAAGACAAGUUGGUAACGAGGGUCCAGUACAUCGAGAAGCGGCUCAAGGACCUCGUUAGUAAUAAAUCGUAG